AUUCCACAUCGAUCAAAUUGUUCCUGAACAACACACAGAGAGAGAGAGAGAGAGAUGGGCUCUCCUUCCAUGGCAUCUCUACUAUGUAGUUUUUGUCUCCUUUUCCUAUUGCCAGAAUUUGCAUUCUGCAAAACAAGGCAUUACACGUUCAAUAUUGUAUCACAAAACAUGACAAGAUUAUGCACCACAAAGAGCAUCGUAAGCGUGAACGGGAGGUUUCCGGGGCCGCGGCUGGUGGCGCGGGAAGGCGAUCAAGUCCUUGUUAAGGUGGUUAACCAUGUCUCUCACAACAUAACCCUUCAUUGGCAUGGGGUCCGGCAACUUAGAAGUGGUUGGUUUGACGGGCCGGCCUAUAUAACACAGUGCCCUAUCCAAACCGGGCAGACAUAUACAUACAACUUCACGAUCACCGGCCAGAGGGGGACGCUUUUCUGGCAUGCUCAUAUCUCCUGGCUAAGAGCAACCCUUCAUGGGCCUCUCAUCAUCUUGCCCAGGCGAAACGAGAGCUACCCAUUUGAAAAACCCUACAAAGAAGUCACUGUGAUUUUUGGAGAGUGGUGGAAUGUAGACCCUGAGGCUGUGAUCAACCAGGCUCUUCAAACUGGAGCCGGACCCAAUGUUUCAGAUGCUUACACCAUCAAUGGCUUCCCCGGUCCCCUCUACAACUGUUCCUCUAAAGAUACAUUUAGGCUGAAGGUGAAGCCAGGCAAGACAUAUAUGCUUCGCCUGAUCAACGCCGCCAUGAACGACGAGCUCUUCUUCAGCAUCGCCGACCACACCGUCACCGUCGUGGGAUCCGACGCCGUCUACGUAAAACCCUUCACCACAGACAUGAUACUGAUGACACCAGGCCAGACCAAAAACGUGCUUCUCAAAACCAAGCCCUUCUUCCCCAACGCCACCUUCUUCAUGAUGGCCCGGCCGUACUUCACCGGCCAGGGCACCUUCGACAACUCCACGGUGGCCGGAAUACUCGAAUACUCGAACCCACAUAACCACUCUUCUGUUAACAAACUUCUCCUUCUCAAACCAAUUCUUCCGCCCAUCAACGCCACCGCCAUUGUAGCCAACUACACGAGCAGGUUUCGAAGCCUAGCCACUGCCGAAUUCCCGGCAAACGUUCCACAAACUGUGGACAAACAUUUCUUUUUCACUGUUGGACUGGGCUCCAGUCCUUGUCCGGGAAACAUGACUUGCCAGGGCCCGAACGGCACAAAAUUUGCAAGCUCGGUUAACAAUGUUUCAUUUAAUCUUCCAUCGACGGCUAUGCUGCAAGCUCACUUCUUCGGGCAAUCCAACGGGGUCUACACCACUGAUUUUCCCACGAAGCCGCCGUUUCCGUUCAACUACACGGGAAGUUCGCCACCGAACAACACGGCGGUGAGCAAUGGGACUAAGGCGGUGGUGCUGCCGUUUAAUAGCAGUGUGGAGUUGGUGAUGCAGGACACUACAAUUCUUGGAGCUGAGAGCCACCCUCUUCAUCUCCAUGGCUUCAAUUUCUUUGUGGUUGGGGAAGGGUUCGGGAACUUUGACCUGAAGAAGGACCCGGGAAAGUUCAACCUGGUGGAUCCCAUGGAGAGGAACACAGUUGGAAUUCCCUCUGGUGGAUGGGUUGCAAUUCGCUUCCUUGCAGAUAAUCCAGGGGUAUGGCUGAUGCACUGCCACUUCGAUGUGCACACAAGCUGGGGGUUGAGGAUGGCAUGGAUCGUCCUGGAUGGCCCCCAUCCGAACCAGAAGCUGCCCCCUCCGCCGCCUGAUCUUCCCAAGUGCUAAAUUUGACCAGCUGGGUCCGGAUCCCCCCCACCCUAUUAAAUGUCGCAAUUUCAGAGCACCCACUUUUGCCGUUUGAUUUCCUUCUGCGCAACAGUACUUCAUUUGGUGAAGAGUGAAUUCCGCGUUCAGUGACCUCACUGUUUGAUGUUAAACUCUAUUUUGACUCAUUUGUUAUAACUUGGAAUUGUUUCCUUGUUAUGAUUUUGCUUGGGAUCCAAGCGGUGAUUCUCGAGCUAAUUGAAGACUUUUGGAUGAUAGCAACCGCAGCUUAAGACAGCGAAAUAAGACUGGAUUGUCUCAAUCUUCUGUUGGUAGGUGAUGUUUUUCACGUAAACGUAGAUCUUAAUUUACAGUUCUACUGGCCUUCACUGCAAGCAACUGGCACGAUAGGUGUUUGAGAAAAUCACGCAGAGUGGGUCUCCACUCCUUCCUGGGAACCAAUCCGUACCUAUAAUUUUUUUUUUCUUUUUUUAACAUAGGAAUUGAGGAAGCCCCAAUACACACUAGACCAUCACCUUCUCCUUAUAACCUACCGUCCCCCACAUUG